GCGGACAAGUUUGAACUCCGCUCCCGCGAUCACCCUACUGCCCGACCCAGCCGCAAGGACCAUCGCAUUCAGAGUUGCGAACCGAACGAAAAGCCUCUUCUAGUUGAAACUCUCAGCUAGUUGAGAAAGCCAAGCAGGAUGCUAUCGUCCGCAACGGUCGCCAGUGUCCUUCUUGCUUUGUUGAUUUCCCACGACUAUGCUUCUUGCCAGGAGGACAAACGACAAGACUUGCUGCCCUUCCCACGUAUCGGCAAACGGCAAGGACUCAUUCCGUUUCCGAGGAUAGGCCGCUCCGUCGCGUCGUUUGCGCCUAGCGGCGAGGAUCAGCUUGUGAAUAGUCCAGACGAUGAGGAGAACUGGGAGGGUGCUAUCGACGUCGGCUACAUGUUAGUUCCCGAUUACCUGAAACGCGGGGGGCACAGUGCAUUCACCCCGAGAAUCGGCCGCAAAAAGCGAUCGCUCGACUCAAACUCAAUGAUCGGAGUGCAUCAGAUGAGACGUCUGUUCCCCGAAGAGUUCCAGGCCCUGUUCCAGAGAACGAUGCGUCAGCUCAUCCCAAGUCCACGCAUCGGCCGCGCGGACGCUUUCGUGCCAAGGCUCGGAAAGAAGAGCAUGAGCCAAGCGGGAUCAGCGCCUUCAGGCUACGAAGAUGAAGAUAAUGAUUUCAUGGUGAAGCGAGCGCCCGCCUUCACCCCGAGAAUCGGGAGAGCCGCAUUCACGCCUCGCAUCGGCAGGUCCGACGGGAACGUUGGGCAGAUGCGCACAUUGAGAACUUUCACUCCGAGAAUCGGAAAGUAGAGCUCAAAGACAUGGAUCGUCAAGCGUCAAUGAGCUCUAUCGAAGCAAACGAAACAGUACAAGGGAGAGGAUGCAAGCCUGAGGCCACGAGCCUACCCGAAUGCACGAUUCUGCAUAUCGGAAAAAAACACACAAAAAAUUACAGUUAUUCAAGUAGGAAUACAUCUUCUCCAUCUCAAUACGGGUGCCACAGACGAACGAAGACUCUCGUUCGGCUUCACCCGAACCGAACUAAGCGGAGAGUUCACUGCAACGACUUCUCUUCUCGAGGAAUAAAACGGCAUGAAAAGACAGAGGACACAACUGUCGAAAAAGUAUAAAAUGUAUCUCUGUAGGCAGCGGACGGAGCGGCGAAAGCAGCAGCAGCCACAGCAGCAGCGACGACAUUCAGGUCUACUCAUCGCCACAUAUCCUAGAUCUGAGUGAUUAGCAUAGACUGAUGAUCGCAGACUUCACAGUGCAGUGCCGCAGCGUGUCCCGGAAUCGGAUGCUUUUCAAAAAGGAACUUCAUCAUUUACACUCCAAGUCGCGUCCGAUCCGAUCACCGGACGGUCUUUUCCGACGGAAUCGCCCGUCACCUAUAUCGUAGGUGGAGGUAUUCGAGCAUAGGAUACUGCGAAUGAAGCGGAAGAGAGGGUAACCUCAUUCGGAGCCGACUAUCGAACCCAAUAAAGCAAUCGCGGGAAACGCUUGAGCUUCCAAA